AUGGAGAGAGAGAAGCUUCAAGUAACCAGACAGCAAGAGCAAGCAUCGACCGCGCCCACAAAGACGAGACAGGUCAUGGCGGCUGCUGCUCUAGAGAAAGGCACGGCCUGCGCCGUCGGCCCCGUGCCGUUCAAGGACGUCGGCGGCGACGGGGAGGAGGACCAGAAGCUGAUCUCCCCACCCGAAGAGUACACCAACAUCAUCUCCGCCCUGCCGAGCACCACCUGGUUGGACCAACGGGUGUUGAGGCAGUACCAGGGGAGCUGGCUGCACCACCAGAUGGUCCCUGGGGUGAUCUCCGUCCAGCGGCGCUUCACCGCGCGCCCCGAUGACGUGCUCCUCGUGAGCCCGCCCAAGUGUGGCACCACCUGGCUCAAGGCUCUGUCCUUCGCCACCAUGGCGCGGGCUGCCUACCCGCCCUCCGGCACCGACCACCCACUCCUCCGCCUUAACCCGCACGAUUGCGUCCCCUUCGUGGAGGUUCUCUUCAGCGCCGGCCAGGAAGCCAGGCUUGAGGCGCUACCGUCGCCUAGACUCCUGCACACGCACAUGCACCAUUCCCUGCUACCACCCUCCCUCGCCCGCUGCAAAAUCGUCUACGUCUGCAGGGAGCCCAAGGAUAUGGUGGUUUCCAUAUGGCACUUCGCCAAAAGCAUCAUGCCUGCAGGCGGCAUCGCCUUCUCCUUCUCCGACCUCUACGAGUCGGCAUGCCAGGGUAAGCACCUGCAUGGCCCCAUCUGGGACCACGUCCUCGGCUACUGGAGCGCGAGCAAAGCCAGUCCGGAGAGAGUCCUGUUCCUGAGGUACGAGGAGAUGCUGCUCAACCCGGUCAGCACCGUCCGGAACCUCGCACGGUUUCUUGGUAUGCCCUUCACUGCUGCCGAGGAGGCGGCCGGGACGCCGAUUCACAUCGCCGAGCUGUGCAGCAUCGACACAAUGAGAGGCCUGGAGACCAACAACACUGGAGCGGCCGGAGUUUUGGCCAAGUUCCCCCAUGGGUCCUUCUUCAGGAAAGGGGUCGUAGGGGACUGGGUGAAUCAUAUGACGCCGGAGAUGGCCCGCCGCAUCAACGCCAUUGUCGAGGACAAGCUCCGAGGAUCGGGACUCAGCUUCACGCCCUGA